CCGGCUAGAGUACAGGGAGGGACGGGCAGGCAGACUCACCCGCGCUGGGGGGAGCCCGUAGUGGGCACCGACAGGCCGUCUCCAGCGGAGCCCAAAGUUUUGCCUGCCGGAGCAGCAGCAGCCUUUGCUGAGGAGCUGUGUACUGGCGAUCAUUCACUCAGAGCCUCUCUCACUGCUAUCUCCCGUCAAUCUCCUGAGAACCACUUUCUGAGUGAUUCCAGCUUCCGAACAUGUUUCCCAUGGUAGGGGUUUUGAUCCCUUGCCAGAUUUGCCCUGAGCCAUGAGUGAAUAUGUGUAAUGCCCACAAGUAAAACUGGGUAAGAAGAGUGAGUGACCUUUUUGGGUGGCUGUAACUGAAGAUUGCUUUGCAAAAGCAACUAAAGUAGGUUUUUGAGUCAUGAUGCAAGAAUCUGGGAUUGAGACAAAAAGUAACGGUUCAGCUAUUCAGAAUGGAGCAAGCAGCGGCAACCAUUUACUAGAGUGCAGUCUACGGGAAGUGAGAUCCAACGGUGAGACACCUUCAGUUGAAAUUGGGGCUGCAGAUUUAGCACAUCUUCAGCAGCAGCAGGCUCUGCAGGUGGCACGACAGUUUCUACUGCAGCAACAGCAGCAGCAACAAGUUAGUGGAUUAAAGUCACCUAAGAGGAAUGACAAACAACCAGCCCUUCAGGUUCCAGUGUCAGUGGCUAUGAUGACACCUCAAGUUAUCACUCCCCAACAAAUGCAGCAGAUCCUCCAGCAACAAGUGCUAACUCCCCAGCAACUCCAGGUCCUGCUCCAGCAGCAGCAGGCACUCAUGCUUCAACAGCAGCAGCUUCAAGAGUUUUAUAAGAAACAACAGGAACAGUUGCAGCUUCAACUUUUACAGCAACAACAUGCUGGAAAACAGCCUAAAGAGCCACAGCAACAGCAAGUGGCUACACAGCAGUUGGCCUUUCAGCAGCAGCUCUUACAGAUGCAACAACUGCAGCAGCAGCAUCUCCUGUCUUUGCAGCGUCAAGGUCUGCUAACAAUCCAGCCUGGCCAGGCUACCCUGCCUUUGCAGCCUCUUGCUCAAGCAUUUGCUGCCUUCCACUUCCAAACUGAACGUUACCCUCAUACAUUGAAAGGCAUGAUUCCAACAGAACUGCAGCAGCUCUGGAAAGAAGUGACAAGCUCUCAUACAGCAGAGGAAAUAGCAAGCAACAACCACAGCAGUUUGGACCUGUCCACCACAUGUGUCUCCUCUUCAGCACCUUCUAAGACCUCCUUAAUAAUAAACCCACACGCCUCAACUAACGGACAGCUAUCGGUCCACACUCCUAAAAGGGAAAGUUUAUCCCACGAGGAGCACUCACAUAGCCAUCCGCUCUAUGGACAUGGUGUAUGCAAAUGGCCAGGCUGUGAAGCAGUUUGUGAAGACUUCCAGUCAUUUCUAAAACAUCUCAACAAUGAGCAUGCGCUGGAUGAUAGAAGUACAGCCCAAUGUAGAGUACAAAUGCAGGUUGUUCAGCAGUUAGAGCUACAGCUUGCAAAAGACAAAGAGCGCCUGCAAGCUAUGAUGACACACCUGCAUGUGAAGUCAACUGAACCAAAAGCCACCCCUCAGCCUCUGAAUCUGGUAUCAAGUGUCACACUGUCAAAGACGGCCUCUGAGGCUUCUCCACAGAGCUUACCUCAUACUCCGACCACCCCAACUACACCCAUCACUCCUGUCAUCCAGGGACCUUCUGUCAUCACUACCACCAGCAUGCACAACGUUGAACCAAUCAGGAGGCGGUGCCCUAAUAAAUACAAUGUGGCCAUUUCUUCAGCAGAUCUUGCUCAGAACCAAGAAUUUUAUAAGAACGCAGAGGUUAGACCACCAUUCACGUAUGCAUCUUUAAUUAGGCAGGCUAUCCUCGAAUCUCCAGAAAAGCAACUAACACUAAAUGAAAUCUACAACUGGUUCACACGAAUGUUUGCUUACUUCAGACGCAAUGCAGCGACAUGGAAGAAUGCAGUGCGUCAUAAUCUUAGUCUUCACAAGUGUUUUGUGCGAGUAGAAAACGUUAAAGGGGCAGUAUGGACAGUGGAUGAACUAGAGUUCCAAAAACGAAGGCCACAAAAGAUCAGUGGUAACCCUUCUCUUAUUAAAAACAUACAGACCAGCCACACCUACUGCACACCUCUCAAUGCUGCUUUACAGGCUUCAAUGGCUGAUAAUAGUAUACCUCUAUACACUACUGCUUCCAUGGGAAACCCCACUCUGGGCAAUUUAGCCAAUGCUAUGAGGGAAGAUCUUAAUGGUGCAAUGGAGCAUACGAACAGUAAUGAGAGUGACAGUAGUCCAGGACGUUCCCCUAUGCAAGCAAUGCACCCUGUGCAUGUCAAAGAAGAACCGUUGGAUCCAGACGAAAACGAAGGCCCGCUAUCCUUAGUGACAACAGCCAAUCACAGUCCAGAUUUUGAUCAUGACAGAGAUUAUGAAGAUGAACCUGUAAAUGAGGACAUAGAAUGAGUAUGUCUGACGUCAUUAUCCUGAGAAUGAAGAUUGGAAAAACACGUCAAAUUUAGCUGUGAAAUCUCUCCAUUAUUGUACAGUCUGGAGGAUUUUCAGUACACUUUGACAACUAUGAAAUAU